AUGGCCGCGAAACAAAAUUCUAUUGCUAGCGAUGGGCAAGCAACAUCUGAAGAUAUUCCCUUGACAUCCUUGGAAGAAAGUUUGCUGAGUCUGGAAAAGCUUGACCGAGCAUCACCAGAAUUGUGGCCAGAACAAAUUCCUGGUGUCUCUGAAUUUGCCAAUCUUCAGAACGCAAAUCAAUCUCCGCCGUCAUGGAAAGGACUUACCAAAGAAGAUUAUAGCUACAUGCAACAACUUGGAUCCCUGUCCACUAGUGGUCUAAUAAUGGAAGUUAAAAGACUUCAUGAUCUUGCUUAUCAACUUGGGCUAGAAGAGGCAAAGGAAAUGACCCGAGGGAAAUAUUUAAAUAUAUUCUCAUCUAGAAGGCAAAGG